GAAGCGAUCGAAGAGAUUCGAUAGCGCUACCACCACGCACCUAGUCUUUCUUUGAAGCCCUAGUUUGGUUAGCUGUAAAAAUCAAUCAAAAAGGGCAAUCUCGAUCGUUCGUUAAACACAUACCUGUUUCUACCCAUCUGUAAGGGUUGGACCCAACUAGGAGUCAAUCUCCCGUUUUUCUUUCAACACUCUCUCUCUCUCUCUCUCUCUCAUUCAUCAACAUGAACAAGCUUGUUCCACUGUUUUUUGCCCUUCUUGUUUUUCUUCCUACCUUAGUUUUGAGUGAAUGCACCUGUGAUGAAGAAGAAGGAGACCGUAACAAGAGUGAAGCACUCAAAUAUAAGUUGGCCGCCAUAGCUUCCAUCCUGGUGGCCGGUGCAAUCGGUAUUUGUCUUCCGUUGCUCGGGAAGUCUAUACCGGCUUUAAGUCCCGAGAAGGACAUCUUCUUCCUAAUCAAGAGCUUCGCGGCCGGAGUCAUUUUGGCUACGGGUUUCAUACACGUUCUGCCGGACGCCUUCGAUAACUUGACGUCACCGUGCCUCACCGACCACCCGUGGGCCGAUUUUCCGUUCACCGGAUUCGUGGCGAUGAUGUCGGCGAUCGGAACUCUCAUGGUUGAUGCCUUUGCCACUUCGUACUAUAGGAGGGCUCACUUCAACAACAAGUCUCAGCCUUUGAAUGGAGAUGAGGAGAAGGUUGGGGAGCAUGCAAGUCACGUGCAUGUUCACACCCAUGCCACUCAUGGCCAUUCUCAUGGCUCCGCCUCUUUGGCCGAUGAUUCGGCCUCAUCCGAACUCAUUCGACAUCGUGUCAUAUCACAGGUUUUGGAAUUGGGGAUUGUGGUUCACUCUGUUAUCAUUGGAAUUUCAUUGGGUGCUUCUGAAAGUCCAAAAACAAUAAAGCCUCUUGUAGCCGCCCUCACCUUCCAUCAAUUUUUUGAGGGCAUGGGACUUGGUGGAUGUAUCUCUCAGGCAAAAUUCAAGGCGGGAGCUAUAACAACAAUGACUUUAUUUUUCUCUCUGACAACCCCAGUUGGAAUAGCGAUUGGGAUUGGAAUUUCAAAUGUUUACAAAGAGAAUAGUCCAACUGCCUUGAUUGUUGAAGGCAUUUUUAACGCUGCGUCGGCUGGAAUCUUGAUAUACAUGUCGUUGGUAGAUCUUCUUGCAGCUGAUUUCAUGAAUACAAGGAUGCAAAACAGUGGAAGGCUUCAAUUGGGUGCUAAUGUUUUUCUUCUUUUGGGAGCUGGAUGUAUGUCUCUCUUGGCCAAAUGGGCUUAAACCUGAAACUAUGGAAUUUUAAUUAAAUAAUUAAAUUAGAUUUUCUAUAUUAUAAUUUUGACUUAAAAUGUUACUCCCUCUGGGGCAGGGGUGGAUAACGGGGGAUAGUAGUUGCGAAUAUUCCCACUUCAUAAAACAAAAAAUAAAAAAUAAAUUUUUUUUUUUUUUUAUUAUUUUUUUUCCAAGCCAGGCCAAGGCAGAGCAGAAAGUGGUAUAUAACAGGUCAAGUAUUUUCCUGGAAUUUUCUGAAGCCUUGUGCUCUCUUGGUCCUUUAUGAUGGAAGAAAUUAAGCUUCCAAAUAUAUCAGCAGGUUAAAAAGUUAGAAAUGGACUGUAAGACCUCAAGCUAAAAAGAAUAUUCAUUUCAGGUGGCUCCCGCGUAAAAUUUAUUAUCACAUGCCUUUUCCCAA